AAUUUUAGUUUAUUUCGUUUUUUUAAUUAGUUAAUUUUGAUUGUAAAACAUUUGAAAACUACGUGAAUGCAUUCUAGACGGCACACAUUCCCAAGCCCGACAAAUAAAUAAUAACUAAAAGUGAAUGUACAACUAUAUAUAAGUACCCAACUUCCAAAUCAAAGUGGAAACACAAAGAUCCCCACAAAAUCCGUUAAUGUCCUGUGACUCACACCCAAUACAAAUAUAGGUCACUAUAUAACAAGCUUAUAUACAACUAUGCCGAACAAGGUCAUUGACAUGCACUUCCACCAAAGAGAAGAAGAAGAAGAUUCUGGAGAGAGCAGAUCAUCAUCCUCAAGAACACCCAGAGGGCAUUUCGUGGUUUACGUCGGUACGAAUAAGAAGUUGGAAAGAUUCGUGAUCCCCACAAAGUUUUUGAAGAGCCCUUCUUUCCAAAAGCUUCUAGACAAUGCGGCGGAAGAAUUCGGUUACGCGGAGGCUUACCAGAACAAGAUUGUCUUGCCCUGUGAUGUCUCUAGUUUCCGAAGUCUUGUCAUGUUCCUGACUUCUCACGACAAGUCACAUUAACUACAUCAGCCCACUUUUACGUCGUCGUCUGAAUGAUAAAAUGGUUAUAUU